AUGCAGGCUGUUCAGGAGCUCGAGCCUAUUGUUCGUAUACGCGACCUCAAGAAGGAUAGCGUCAAUUUUACUCUGGAGAAUGUCGACCUCGGGCUUGCAAAUUCGUUUCGCCGGGUAAUGAUGGCUGACCUACCCACAGUCGCAAUUGACAUGGUGGAGGUCGAGACAAACACGUCUGUCUUGCCGGAUGAGUUUAUCUCACAUCGGUUAGGUAUGAUCCCACUCGUCAGCGCGAAUUGCGAUGAAGGCAUGCGAUACACUCGAGACUGUACAUGUUUGUCAUGGUGCCAGUAUUGUGCGGUAGAGCUGGUGCUAAAUGUUGCGUGCAACCUCGAUGACACAACUAUGGAUGUGACCAGCUCGCAUCUGGACGUGGUUCUGCCGGCGCCGGGGAGCAUCGGUUGGAACGACGAGGGGGACGGUGGUGAAGAGCUUUCAAAACGGGCGGAGAACUUUGGUCACCCUGUAGGGAAAGAUGAUCCGUCUGUACCGCCAAUUCUCAUAUGCAAGCUCCGAAAGGGCCAAGAAAUCAAGUUGCGUUGUAUAGCGAAAAAGGGCAUCGCAAAGGAGCACGCCAAGUGGUCACCAUGUUCGGCAGUAGGGUUCGAAUACGACCCAUACAACAAAUUGCGGCAUACAUCGCACUGGUUCGAGAGCGACGAGCGUGCGGAGUGGCCGGUCAGCGAAAACGCGCGGGAGGAGGAGCCUCCGCGUGACGACGUGCCGUUUGAUUUCAACGCGCGCCCCAACAAGUUCUACAUGGAGGUAGAGACCGACGGGAGUUUGGGCCCACAGGAGGUGGUCAUGAAGGGUCUGCAAGAGCUCCAAACAAAAUUGGCUAACCUCAUCUUGGGCCUCAAGUCUGAGCCAGAGCUCGACGCGCACCAAGGCGGUGAGCAGGCGCUGCCAGCAACAAACGGCACGGCUGGCGGUUCCGGAUGGGGUGCGGGUGCGGGUGCAGGUGCGGGUGCAGGAGCAGGUGGCUGGAGCGCAACGUCACCAAGCAGGGCGGGCGCUGGGUGGAGUAGUCCCACAGGCGGCGCAGCGGGUUGGGGAAGCCCUGCUCGCGGGGGCGGAUGGGCAGGGACAGCGUGGAGCGGCACGAGUCCUACCACUGGUGGGGGAGGGACGAGCCCCUCGUCUGGGAACGCAGGUCCUGCGGGGUGGGGUAGUCCACAGGCGGGAGGUAGCGGAUGGGGUGGUACUACCGCGAACGGAUGGUCCUAG